GUAUGCCCCUUCAUACUCAGCUCUAUACAUGGGAUGUUCAGUCAUACGAACUCCCUCGUCAAGCCAUUGAUUUGCCGCAAUGGCUCGUCGCCGAACUGGGGUUUUAAGAUGAACACAAUGGCUGAUUGUUCUGGCGUGUACAGUAUUUUACGAGAAAACGAUAUCCCGAAUCUUCGUCACCGCGAUUUCUCGCGCCAAUCAUCGCAUUUCGCCGUCUGCUGUCUCAGUUACAGCUCACAGGACAUUCUCUGCCUUUCGAAUACACCCACUCUGCAGCGCAGUAGCUAAAAGUCGGACUCGAUAUGAACAUUAGACACGGAUGAAGCAAUAAUUCCUCGCAAAGCUUGACCAGGAUUUCGACCCAAGGCGUUGUUAUGAAAUAUUCAGAAGAUCCCUAAAAGCCCUGUGCUUCGAAACUCGACCGAAUCGUAUUUUAUGCCAUAGACCUUGAGUUUCCAAAAGGUACGCAUCGCUGUGGUCAUAGCUCAUCAUUCCCACCGCUUUGCCUGCGGUCGUUGUUCCUUCCAAAAGUUGCUUGGUCGUGAGUACAACUGAUGUUUACUUAGUCUUGUAUAAUCAGUUUGAUUGUUCUGCUGCAUCGUUUUGCAGUGACAGAUGUACAUACCAUCGUACGUUCGUUGCUUCUUCAUGCUGGCCAGACCCCGCGUGCACUGAUCGGGAUCCCUGCCGCAGCCGAUGUUAUUUCACUGACAUAUAUCAAAGCGUUUUAAGCCAUUGUUGAAUGAAAUUCCCCGAUUCGACUCGGCGCCGAUCCGGUAAUCAACGCAUUUCCAAAACAGGUCCAAGAGCACGAGUUUCUAGGAUUCACCUGCCGUGAAAUUGAAUCCUUUCCAAGGGUGUCCUCGAACCUUCAACCCGCUUUCCGUCGAAACAGUCAUUGAUACAAUUGCGGGUACUUUCCUCAUUGAUGUCGAGAAUCUGACAGAUUUCGUCUGAUGGGUGUUGGUGUCUUGUUCUAGACUUAGAGUUCUGCCCAAAUCCAACAUGACAGCCUGGGAGACCGAAGAUGAGUAUGCUGCUGCUGCUCAAGCUUCACUCCCCACACCAACAGACACUCCCUAUAGAACCCCGUCGAGAGGGUCGCGCCGUUCGUCGCGCCAAAAGUCGAUCUCUCCAGGCCCAUCCUCGUCUCCUCCGCCGUUGCCAACGGGCGAGAAAAAUCGCCGAGGGUCCAAAGAUGUAACCAAUGAUGAGAGUAUUUCGAUUCUCGAUCCAAGACGAUUUACUCCAACACUACAUGCAAAUUUAGUCUCCGAAAUCCUCGCACUUCGAAGAGAUCAAGAGGAAAAGAUUAGGACGAUUGAGCACUUGGAGACGGACCUACAUAAUUCUAGAGGAGAUCACGAGGAACUGGAUGCGACGUUGGUCGCUACUUCGAAAGAGAAUCGAUCGUUGAAGCGCCAAUUGGCUCUCUUAGAAGGUGGAACCUCUUCCGCGCUUUCGGAACUUGCCAGAGAGCGCGACGAAGCCGUAGAUGCUAAUGCCGAAAGCAAGCGAAGAGUUGAGACUCUGCAGAAAAAGGUCCGGAGUCAGGAGGAAGAUUCGGAUCGUGUCCAUGAACUAUGGGCAAGAGACAAGGACAACUGGGAAGAGGAGAGGAGGAAGCUGGAGCGCAAAGUUCAUGUCGCCGAAACACGCUUGAAGACGGUUUUGGAUGAAGUUACCACAUACCAAGCUCAGACAAAUGGCCAUCUUCAAAAUGAGAGCGAGGCUGAAGAGACAUCGAGAGAUCCUGUUCACGGCCAUGGAAGCGAUGCAGCGAGUGUACGGACGAUGAGUAUGACCAACAGUAUCCGUUUCUCGAUGUUGAAUGGACCUAAUGGGUACGGAGGAAGCAAAUUAAAUGGCGUCAGCUUAGCGGAUGAGCUUGACCUAGAUGAAGACGAAGAUGAGACGGAUCACGAUGGCCGUGAAAGUAUCAUAUCUGUCAGACACAAGAGGAAUCAGAGCCGUGAGAGUAUGAUGUCCAGAAAUCACCGCCGAAACCAGAGUAUGGAGAGCCUCAUGCGACCUGGCAGUGUUGCAAGAGGCAGGGCUCUUGCUCAGCAAGCAGUCCUCGAGAGGCUGGAGGGUGGUAUCAUGGAAGACGAUGAGACAGUACCUGUGAAAGUGGAAUAUACCGACACUGGUAUUCAAUACUCACCUCCUCCAUCGCCCAAACUUCCUGCAGCCGAGCUCACCUCGGUCGUUGAGCCACUCGCAGUCGAUAUCGCAGCUACAAAGGUUGAACGACAAACGGAAACUCCAGUUCCUCGAGAGUGGGAAAUUGAGGCCAACCAGCGAAGAAAGCGAGUGCAUGUGAGUCCUCCGCUGGUCAUCGAACCUCCAACUUCUUCGAUGGUAUCUGCAGCUUCGCAAACUCUGGAAGAUCCUUUGAGUCCUCCAAGAACACCUAUAUCACCUACCAGAACCCCACCCCCGCCACCAAUAGAGGACCGGAUGCAUGAAAUGACUUCAAUUUCUACGCAAACAGACGUUCCCGAAAUACAAACACCACUGCCGUCUCCCAGGCGAGCCCCGCCGCCACCACCUAUACCCAUCCCAUCCAUACAGUUACAUCCUCCAAACUCCGCCCCUGCUACACCUCAUGAGCCCCUACUUCCCCAGCAUUUCAGAGAUGCCGGUUGCCAAGUUGCUAUGCAGAUACCCAUCCCGACAAGGUCCAUCUCUGUUCAGACCGAGGAAAUUCGAGUUGCACAACGCAUCAACUUGCUCCCGCCGCACCUUCAACCGUCUGCAAUUUCUUCCAAACCCCCCUCGCCGGAGCCAACUGAGGAACAGACCAAACGAUUUUCUCCCGUACCAGGGAACUUACCUCCCAGAAACCCUCGCCGUGUGAAGAGUCGUACAAGCAUAGAACAGGAGAUUCCCUCUUCACCUCCAGAGCUGCCAAGUGAGACCAGAGAUGCCUACCCUGGGAACAAUGAUGACGGACCGUUAUCGAAAGAUAGAAGCUCUAUUCGACGCCCACACAGGAUCAGCAGUUUGUUUGCUGGAUUCGAUAAUGUGAGUUCUGAAGAUGCAGAGGACUUUGCGGAUGCCGACAUGAGCGACAAUGAUUACAGAACGGCAUUGUCUGCCCCUAAGCCACAGCCUGGAGGGCACAGACAGAGCAAACGUGUUUCAUCACCACCAACCUCGGUUCCUGAACAUGGUGAACUUGCAGAAUUGGCCCGGCCUGUGUAUGGAAGAAAUUCUAGGCAAGCAGCAAACGACUUGCAUGGCGAAUCGUUCCCAGAGGUACAGGAGCUGCCGUCAAGAUCCACAAAGGCUUCUGUUCGUCAGCUUGACAAGCCACUGACUCUGGUCACCAACAACAAGCCGUCGACAAUGCGUCGAGCUGCCCUUAUACAAAGUGGUGUGGCUGCUCAUCAAGGACGUGCUAGAAGCCCAAGUCUUCCGGAAGCUGUCAAGGAGCCUCCUUUCCCUAUCCCGACCAGAGCUAGUUCCAGACGACCUCCUAUCAGCGCUAGUGCUCCAAGUGACGGAAAUCGUAGCCCGACUUGGGGACGAGGAUCUGGCUCGAACAGAGGCGGGCCUUAUCGUUCGAACAGCAUCAGGAAGGUCAGAUCUGCUGCUGCGCUUCCUCGCGGGGGACGUGGGAGCUACAGACGUCAUGGUAGUAGAUCACCGCCGCCCAUGUCAGCCUCUACAGAAGCGCCUGAGAGCCCUCAACUACCCCCUAUGCCAAACAACGAUGUUACUACCCCUCGAUACAUGCGAGAUACAGGGAGUAGCCGCCACCGUUCACAUCAGAGACAGCAGCCAUCUACGACUACGGCACACACUACAAACACCAAUAAUACUACUGGCUCUGUUGGAACUACAAACAAUGCUACUAGUGUUGUUGAUGCAAUUGCCCAGACGAUGGUAGGAGAAUGGAUGUUCAAGUACGUCAGGCGGCGCAAGUCGUUUGGCGUUGCAGAGUCGAAUGGUAUGGAGGGCGACAACGCUAAUGGUGUCCGACAUAAGCGCUGGGUUUGGCUUGCGCCUUACGAGAGAGCUGUGAUGUGGAGCAGCAAGCAGCCAACUUCAGGAUCGGCCUUGAUGGGCAAGACUGGUCGGAAGCUGACAAUUCAAUCUGUUCUGGACGUCAAGGAUGACAACCCUCCUCCGAAGGGAUCACCUGCAUUGUUUAAUCGAUCUAUAUUGAUUCUAACUCCAGCUCGUGCCCUGAAGUUCACGGCCACAUCACCUGAACGCCAUUACAUCUGGCUGACGGCCCUCUCCUUCUUAGCCCACUCAUCUCAAGCAGUUCCUGAAAUUGUUCAAGCACCGCUCCCACUGCCUCAACCAUCGCUGCCAGACUUCGAGUUGCCUCGAAAUUCUAACCGUCUCCGAAAGCAUGGCAUACGAGACUCGAUUCGUGUUGCUAAAGGGAAGACAGUGGUAGCUCGCCAAGGGCCUACUAGUGUUCAUUCAUCACAUAACGAAGCAGAGUCGAUGUACUCGAGAUCGGAUCCUCUGCAAGAUAACUCAGCCGAUCCCCCUAUUGUACCUCGCUUCUCAGAAAGGGGUCAAUAUUCUGUACCAUCACUACCAACUCAUGGUAGAAAGCGCAGUAACACUGGUGGGCGAGUUCCGCCACCCCUCUCAUUUCGAGGGUUCUCAGGGCCGUCCAGUAGCGGGCAUGCUCCAACAUCCAGUACGGCUGGAAUGAGUGUCGGCACAACCGGCUCAUCAGAUAUCUACCAAUCCCAACCUUCGAGUUCAGUGGCUGGCGGGUACACAGGGAUGAGUGUCAGCGGCCGCUCUUCGAUUCGCACAUCAGACGCCAGCAAUCGGCCUGGCACUGUCGUCAACAAUUUCUUCGAUGCAGUUGGAACCAUGCGAAUGGAAGCCUUCAUCAGCCCUAUGGCAAUGAGCCGCUUUGACGACUUCCCUGACGAGCAAGACGAGAUGGAUAUGGUCGGGCAGCAGAGGCGUCGCAGCAAGGAGCGUAGGAGACGCAGCAGAAACAGAGACAGCUAUUACUCCAACAAAGGCCGACCAAGUGAUGAUUGGUAUGGAGGAAGCAAGACGGCUGGGGAAGAAGAUUACGGUCACUUUGAUGGUGGGUUCGGCCAUGAUCCCUUCCGGGGCUUCUAAGCGCGAUUCCCGUGAGAGAAUUGAGAAUGGAAGAAAAUCGUGAAGAAGAAGCGAACAGAAUGUACAUUCUUGGUAAUGUACAGCAAGGUAGAUAGGCAGAGGUCGAUAUGGGAAUGGGGUACGGGUUCACGGCGUUCACACGAAAAUGGCUCACGCCUGCAGUUUCGUCCUUUUUUGAUUUUGCAGCUUAGCUUGCUUGGCUUUGCUUUUCUUCUACUCGUUCGUUUUUGAUUUUGGGAUUAGGGCCCCGGGAGGGGCAGGCGGGCACGGAGUUAAUGUGUAUAUUUGUGUACAGGCGAGGCAGGGUGGCCACCUACCUCUCGCCUAGGGCUAUUUUUCUGUACAAAGGAACUGUUGUCACUCGCUAGCUCAAGAUCCCUUUUGUCGCUUUCUCGAGGGGCUGAGGGGGGUUUUGAGUUUGCUUGGAUCUUUGCGGGGUUUGGGAUGAUGUGGAUGGAUUCUAAUUCUUGGACUCGAUGUGCGGAUACCCCUAUCUUCGCGGUUUGGUGGAUUAUUUGUUUUUGUGGGUGAGUGUACAUUUGUAUGUAGGACAUUUGGAAAAGUGGAGAUGGAU